GGGCGACGGGAGCAGGGAAACAGCCCAGGCGCGCGCGGGAACAACCCCGACCAGCAGGCUUGAAGCGCGCGCGCGGGUAGGACCGGGAUCCAGACAAACCAUCCCAUGGUACUCCUUGCCCAGCCCAGAGACGGUUGGAGCAAGAGGGCUCUUUGAAGCUGAGAGCUUGCCAAAGGAAUUUUCCACACAUCACUAGUGGUCCGUCUCGGAAGUUCAGGGUCAGAUUUGUGGAUCCACUUCACCUCAGACCAUGGCAAGCCGGGGCCUGGCCCUUUACUUGGCCACCCUCUUGACUGGGCUGCUGGAAUGCAUUGGUUUUGCUGGUGUCCUCUUUGGCUGGACUUCGCUGGUGUAUGUGUUCAAAGAACAAUGCUACUUUGUAGAGCCCGGUGAACAGGACUGCGGGCCCAGAAGCAAUGUAACGGGGCCCCCUGGCUCCAAAGCUCAGGAUGAGAAGUUCUCACUCAUCUUCACCCUGGCGUCCUUCAUGAACAACUUCAUGACCUUCCCCACUGGUUACAUCUUUGACCGCUUCAAGACGACUGUGGCCCGCCUUAUAGGCAUAUUUUUCUACACCUGUGCCACACUCACCAUCGCCUUCACCACUGCAGAUUCUGCUGUGCUGCUCUUCCUGGCCAUGCCCAUGCUCGCCAUUGGAGGAAUGCUGUUUCUCAUCACCAACUUACAGAUUGGGAAUCUCUUCGGCAAACACCGUUCAACCAUCAUCACCCUCUACAAUGGAGCAUUUGAUUCCUCCUCAGCAGUCUUCCUCAUCAUUAAGCUCCUUCAUGAACGGGGCAUCAAACUCUGGGCUUCCUUCCUCUUCCUGUCGGCCUGCAGUGCCUGGCAUGUUGGGCGUACUUUUCUCCUGAUGCCUCGGGGACAUAUCCCUUACCCACUGCCUCCCAACUACAGUUAUGGCUUGUGCUCCAGGUUUGGCACUAGAAAGGAAGAGAAGAAAGCAGCUGAGCCUGAAACCAAGGAGCUGCAGUCAAAGGAAUUUGUCUCACCAAAGGAAGAGAACUCGGGACCAGGGCAGCAGCAGGGGCAGGGGCGGCACCGCUCUUUCCGAAGCUGCGUGCUGUCCCGUCGAUUCGUCUUCCACGCGGUGUGGCUGUCCACCAUACAGUUAUGGCAUUACUUCUUCAUUGGCAGUCUCAACUCUCUGUUAACCAGCUUGGCCGGUAGUGACAAUGUGCAAGUCAGUGCCUUCACAAAUGCCUUCGCCAUCACCCAGUUUUUUGGGGUGCUGUGUGCCCCCUGGAAUGGCAUGCUCAUGGACUGCCUUAAACAGAAGUAUCAGAAGGAAGCCAAAAAGACAGGUUCCUCGGCCUCGGCUGCAACCCUCUGCUCCACGGUGCCUUCGCUGGCCUUGACGUCUCUGCUGUGCCUGGGCUUUGCCCUGUGCGCCUCCAUUCCUGUCAUCCAGCUACAGUAUGUUACCUUCAUCCUGCAAGUCAUCAGCCGCUCCUUCCUCUAUGGGUGCAACGCCGCCUUCCUCACGCUGGCCUUUCCUUCGGAGCACUUUGGGAAGCUGUUUGGGCUGGUGAUGGCUCUGUCGGCCGUCGUGUCUUUGCUGCAGUUUCCCUUGUUCAAACUCUCCCCCCAGAACAUCGCCGUGUAUGUAUCAAUGGGACUUGCCAUUUUCCUGACAUUGGCCCAUCCCUUCCUGGUGUACCGUGAGUGCCGUGCUGAGAAAACAAAAUCAUCUGUGACUCCCUAACCCAGAAGCCCUCACGCUCUACCCUCGAUGGUGCUUUUCCUGAUCCUUCUUCGCCUUUGACGACCCAGUGUUCACAAAGACUCUACCUACCCAGGAGAACUGUAUUAAGCUGCCAUAGUUUGUUUGUUUGUUUUUUAAACAAAGCAACCAGGCCAUGUAAGUGCCAUUCAGGACUUUUGAUCACCAAGAAGAAAAUUUCAGCGGCCAGGUGGGCUUGCAUUCCCACCGACCUAAAGCAAAGCCUCAUGUAAAUUCUCCUUGGUUGGGAGCAGGAAGUUACUCCUUGCACAGGGCCUCAGCGGAGCUCACUGCAAGGGAGAGGGAGCUGUGUCACUGAAGUCCGUACCUGCAGAAUGGCUGCUCCCAGGUGGAUUUCCAGGUUAACUGUGCGCUCAUGAUGGCCUCAGUUCUGCCACCUGACGUUUAGAUGCCGCACAGAGACCAGCUCUGGCUCCCUCAGACACACAGUUUUGUUAGCGAAUACUCCACGAGCUUUGGGGGACAGAGGAGCACACAGGGGUCUCUGGGCCCAAGUCCCACUCUUACUGCUGAUGGAUGACCUUGGGUUGACCCCUCCAGGUCAGAGUGUCUCUUUUUUUUUCCCCCCAUGUGUAAAUGCUAGAGCUUGGAGUCAAAGAUUGUUUUUGGAACUGAUGUCCCGGAAGGUUUUAAAAACAGUGACAGGGAGUCAUGUUACCCCAAAGGAUUUGGGAACCAGCUGGCCAGCUAGCCAAAAAGGUUUUGGACACCCCUCCCUAUCCCCUUGUGUGUGUGUGUUUGAGCAGUGUCUCCUCUUCAGGAAGAGGGGUGUUUAUUGACAUAGGGUAUCAUGUAUAUAAUUAUCUUGGGGCUGGAGAGAUGGCUAAGCUCUUAAGAGCACUGGCUGCUUUUCUGGAGGACCUGGGUUUGAUUUCUAG